UCUUUAACAUGAAGAACCCUCAAUUAUGUAAUGGUGUUGUGUCUCUCUGAUACAGGAAGUUCUAUGAAUCAAAAAGAAAUCAUGGGAAAUGUGGGUUUGCUGGUGAUCACGGAUAUGACAAUAAAAUCAACAGCAUGCAGACCAUUUUCCUUGGAUAUGGACCAUCUUUCAAAUUCAAGACAAAAAUUCCACCGUUUGAGAAUAUUGAGCUUUAUAAUGUCAUGUGUGAUCUCCUUGACUUGAAGCCUGCCCCUAAUAAUGGUACCCAUGGUAGCCUUAACCAGCUCUUGAGGGCCCCUGUACACAUACCCAGCAUGCCUGAAGAAGUGUCCAAGCCAAACCCUGCAGGACCAGUCACAGCUCUUAGUGAUGACCUGGGCUGCACCUGUGAAGACAAGAACAAAAUGGAAGAGCUCAAUCAACGACUGAGACAAGUUACUGAUGACAACAAAAAUCUUCCUUACGGUCGUCCCGCAGUCAUGAUCCGCACCAAAUACUACAUUCUUCAUCAUAGUGACUACAUUAGUGGUUACAGUGAAGCUUUGUCCAUGCCUCUCUGGACAUCUUAUACUGUAUCUAAGCAGGUAGAUUUCACCCCUCUGACUGAGGCGCUGAGCAACUGUGUUCGGCCUGAUAUUAGAGUUCCUUCAGUCUACAGUCAGUCCUGCUCAAACUACCGUGCAGACAAACAGAUCUCCUACAGCUUCCUCUAUCCACCUCAGUUGUCCUCCUCUCAGGAAGUGAGAAAUGAUGCUGUUCUCAUUACCAACACUGUACCAAUGUAUCCAGCAUUCAAACGUGUGUGGGGUUAUUUUCAGAAAUCACUUGUGAGACGUUAUGCUAGUGAGAGAAAUGGAGUGAAUGUGGUUGUUGGACCCAUCUUCGACUAUGACUACAAUGGUCUUAGGGAUUCAGCAGAGACAAUAAAACAAUAUGUCAGUGGCUCUGUGCAAAUCCCAAGUCAUUACUACAUUGUGGUUACAAGUUGUCUGGAUUACACACAGACUGUUGACUCCUGUGCUGGUCCUCUCAGUGUGUUCUCUUUCAUCCUUCCACACCGAUCAGAUAAUGAUGAAAGCUGUAAUAGUUCAGAGGACGAGACAAAAUGGGUCGAGGAACUGAUAAAGACACACACAGCACGUAUAAGAGACGUGGAGUUACUUACAGGACUAGACUUUUAUCGCCGCACCAGCAGGACCUAUGAGGAGAUCCUCUCUUUAAAAACUUACUUACACACAUAUGAGAGUGAGAUCUAAACCACUGCAUCCCCGCAUUAGCAUUCUCUACAUCUUAACUGUCGGGAUACAGAAGUAAGGUGUAUAUUUUUAUACAAACUAUCAUAUUUAUUGUUCUUUCAUUGCUAAUCCUUAAGUGAUUUUUUUUUUUACAUUUUCCUCCUUUAUGAUAGCGACAUAUAUACGCAUGAGCAAUUUUUUUUUUUAUGUUGUAAAAAUACUGUAUAAAUGUUUUGACCUGUGAUGUUUGAUGUGCUGUAUGUAACCGAAUUUAAAAGAUGUCUGUACUGUAAACUGUAAUCAGACUUGUUCUGUUGUGACAUCUGUGCAGUGUUUUGUUUGUUUAUUAUGUCAUUAAACAGUUUGCACGAA